AUGAGCGAGCCGCCGGCCGAAGUGCUCGCCUUCCUCCGCGAUCACCCGAGUCUGCGGCUGGAGCCCGGCGCCGCUAAGGUGAAAUGCGCUCUCACCGGCCACGAGUUGCCCUGCCGUCUGCCCGAGCUCCAGGUCUACACCCGCGGCAAGAAGUACCGGCGGCUGGUCAGCGCCUCUCCGGCCUUCGAUUACGCGGAGUUCGAGCCGCACAUCGUGCCCAGCACCAAGAACCCGCACCAGCUGUUCUGCAGACUCACCCUGCGGCACAUCAACAAGGUCCCCGAGCAUGUGCUGAGGCACACCCAGGGCCAGCGGUACCAGAGAGCUCUGCGUGAAUAUGAAAGGUGUCAGAAGCAGGGCGCGGAGUAUGUGGCCGCCUGCCUCCUGCACAGGAGGAGGAGGAGGAGGGAGGACCAGGUGGACGGCGCCGGGCCGCCUCGCCGGGGAGAAGCCUUCUGGGAACCUUCGUCCGGUGAGGACGGCGCAGCUGCAAGUGACAGUGAUGACAGCAUGACAGACCUGUACCCGCCCGAGGUGUUCACCAGAAAGGACCCGGGAGGGACUGAACACGGGGACGGCACUGAGGACUUUCUGACCGAGGGGGAGGACGAGAGGCCAAGGGGCCUGACAGAGACGGGCCCUGGGGGCGGAGAAGAGACGCGAGGGGACCAGGAGCCGGUCCUCAAACGCCGGAAGAGGCAGUUGGGCUCAGCGAAGAAGUUCAGACAUCACCACCGUAAACCCAAGAGCUUCAGCUCUUUUAAACAGUCAGGUUAA